UAUUUGCCAUUAAAAGGCAGAGACACAGAGCUUACCCAGUUUACAAACACCCAAAAUCCUAAAUGAUCGACUGUAAAAAAAUGGACGGCUUUGAUCAACUCCCGGACUCCCUCAUCCUUCUCAUCUUCAACUCAGUCUCCGACAUCAAGUCCCUGAUCCGUUGCCGUGCCGUCUCAAAACGUUUCAACUCAAUAGUCCCGCAAACCGAAUCCCUCUCGUUAACAGUCGACCGAGUCAUCUCGCCCGAGUCGGAAUCCGAUUCACUCCUCGUUACCUUCCUUAAAAUCUUCUUUAAGUCCCUCAACGACCUUCUAUCCACCUCAAUCAAACCCCACAAUCCGACCCGAACCCUAGUCCAGAACUCACCUGCCCAAAUUUUAACAAAGUUCGAUCGAGUGAGGAAUCUUCGGAUUGAGUUACCCGCCGGUGAUCUAACUUUAGACAAAGGCGUAUCUGUGAAAUGGAGAGCUGAGUUCGGUAGAAGUUUAAAGAGUUGCGUGAUUAUCGGGUUCAAGUCGGCUUCAACAACAGCUAGCGAAAAUCCCGGAGAAGGGGCUGAGAUUGACAUUGUGGGAGGAUUAAAGACGAGAGUGAUGUGGACAAUAAGCGCGUUAAUCGUGGCUUCCGCCAAACACUUUAUGUUGGAAGACGUGGUUAGACAGCAUGAAGAGAUGGAGAGUUUAGUUUUAAUUGAUAGAGAAGGGGAGGGUACAGUGGUGAUGGAUAAGGAAGGGAUGAGAGAGUGUAGGUUAGGAGGGGCGCAUGUUAGCGAAGGGCAGUGGGACAGGAGUCGGACGAUGGUGCCGAGUGUGAAAAUGCGGAUGAGGCACGAGCCAAAGCUGAUGCUGAAGGCUGGGGUUUGGGUGGAGGGUGCCACCCUGGUGGUUGUUAGGCCUAGUGAGGGGAAAGACGACGUGGAUGAUGGUGAACUAGCACUGGGGGCGUUUGGUGAUGGGAUAUAUAGAGAAGCUGUGCAAGAAUUGCUUAAGAGUAGGAGUUAUAUGUUAGAAAUGAACUCGUUUUGAUGUUGAACGAGUUGAGGUUUGAUUUAGUUUGGUUGGGUUUUCCUUUUGUUUUCGUAAUUUGUAACAACAGUUUGAUUGUAAUUUGUGUGUAAAUAAUUUGGUUCAAUAUCAUAAAUUUCUGAAACAAGGAAUUCCAAGUUCUGUUAUGAGCACUUGUAU